AUGCCUGCUGCUCGAACAGGAAGUGUCGUCGGUGGGCCUGCCGGAGCUUCUGAUGUGACUCCAGAGCAGUCAGCUGCAGAGGUGCUUGCGCAGAGGAGGGAACAGAAUAAGCUCGCUCAACGCAGAUUCAGAGAGAGAGCUAGAGAGGUGAGUUGUUCUUUGCGCAUGUGCACAAUCGUCAAGCUCGUCUCACUUCACGCUGCUCCCUCUGCAUAGGCCAAACGGGCUGUUGCUGCCUCGUCGUCAUCGCAAGAGCUUACCGCAGCGACGUCCAUAUCUGCUCACCGCACACCUUCCGCCUCCGAACACAUGUCAGCCUCUUCCAGCUCGAACCCGACACCUUCCAGCACCACUUUUCAGAGUGCGAGCAGUGUCGAUCAGCUUGGCACCACUACCGCACUCGGUACGAGCGUUUCGGCUGAGCUUGCAGCCAGUGCGGGAUUCUUUGCCAGCCAAUUGCAACAGCCAACGCACUUGCCUAGCAGCGUGUUCUCCGCUCCUCAGCAGCCGACCGAUGCACCCAGCCCUUUCACACAAUGGUUGCAGAAUGGCGUCUCGCAAAGCUUUUCCACCAAUCAUCUGCCUUCCGACAUGGUGACAAGCGAGCAAUGGACCGACGCGCUAGGAGGAGAGCAGCGCACACCCGGCGGGACAUCGGUCGCUGCGCGCGCAUUGGAAGAUUUGCUCGAGGCGGCCCUGCCAAACACCAUUGCUCAGCUCUGCGCUACGAAUGCCGAAGCAGCCGCAAGAGAGGCGACGCCGUACUUUCGAAGCACGAGACAUGCAGAAGGUGGCAACGUCUCACUGAGUGGAAGCGACGCUGCGUCCCACCUCGGCAGCAGCGCAUCGAGCGCGUCAUUCCACUCGUCUAGCGGACAUGCGCAGUCUUCGCCAUCUGGCUCGUCAAGCGGCUCGCCAUCGUCGGGAUCCUCCUCUUCACCACCUUCCGAAGGCGCACCCAUCAACAUCAUCGAUGUUGCCAAGGUGCUUCAGGGCAGCACAGAAAACCUCUUCAAGGAUGCGUCCGAAUUAAUGUCUCGCGAACCGCGCGACCCGCAACGGAAAGCGUACCAGGCUGCCAUGGUGCUGGCGGCGGGAGAACAGCUCAAGAUGAUGAGCAAGUGCGAUUUUGACAGGUUCUGCAUGUUCAGCAGUCGCUCGCUUGGGUUGGGCAAACCGGUAGACAUGGAACAGCGCCAUACAGUGCAAGCCAUGUUCUGCAAUGCCCGAGUCAUGGGCUUCACACACGAAGAUGUGAGUUGUCCAGCGCGUGCAGCCAAUGUGACGCUCAACUGAAGUGGCUAUCUCCCUUUCCCAGCUUGCGGACUACGAGGGCGUCUCGGCGCUCGGCGAGUGCUAUUUGGCGCGCUGCAGGCCGCAAGUCCAUCAUAACAGCAUCAGCGUGUGUCCGGUCAACGGCUUGCAGGUGACGACGGUCGGGCAGUCGACACAACCCCUCGAUUUGCGAACGGAUGAAGUGCUGGAACGCAAAUGGCAAGAGAUGCCGCAGAAUAUGCUGCCGACAAAAUUGCAAAUGGCCGUGGAGCGUAAGUUGGGCAGAUUGAGUGGUAGUGGAGCAACAGCUUUGGCUGAAAUCCUUUCUCAUUCGCAGAUCAUCCGUGGCUGGACGUCUUGCCCUGGCCAAGUGUUCGCGAUCGCAUUUUGGCGCUGUCGGCGGCCAAGCUGAUUGACGAGGACGAGCUGUGAGUAGGCGGGCGUGAGGUGUCACUUUGCUACGAAUGCCCGCUCAGCGUGCGUACCUUGCCACCCCUCAGCUGCUUCGACAUGUGCAUCUCUGGCAACACUGGCGAGGCCGAACCAGCAUUCAUCGUCAUCGGAACUGACACGACUGCGGAGUUUGGCUGGGAAGUCAGUCCCUGGUUCUUGGAAAAGUGGCACAUCAUCCUCGAUACGAAUAUCCUCAUGUACACCAACUUUUGGAGGAAACAAAGAGGGCUGCACGCGCUCGUUUGGCCUGGCAGACAGCGCUGA